UAGUUUUUUUUUUCAUUUGCAAAAUUUGCAUUUUUUAAAAGAUAGUAAAAAAUCUGAAAAUCAGCUAUAAUAAAGUUUUCCAGUGUAAUUGCUAUGAAGGUAUGAUGUUUUGGAGGGAAAAGUUUCAGAGGUUUAAAAAAAACAGGGUAUCUAUAGCCAAUAGUGAGACAGAAAUUUUCUGUUUAGCGAAGCAGUGUCAACUUUAAGGUGAAAUUUAUAGUUUAUCGUCUGCGAAAUGACCUCUUCAUUCCAGGUUUCUAAAUAAAUAGAAAUACCUAAUUAAAUCAACAUGUAUAAUCUUAUAGCUUCUUUUUCUCUUCAUUGAUUGUAUGUUUUUAUUAUUUUUAAAAUUUAUAUUAAUAUAUUUGUCUGCAUGUGUUUACUUUAUGCAUAUUUCAGUAUUAUGUAUACCCGUCCUGUAUUUGUGUACAUUAUUAAUAUAUAAGUGCGUACGUGUGUGUCCGUGAAAAAGAGGCGUCUGUCUCCAAAACUUGAAAGUUGAGUAAAGUUUUCAUGUUAGGAUUUGUAAACUACGGUAAGAAUAAUACUGGUCAACAAAGAAUUUGUCCCCCCAAAAUAAUACCUGUUUUUGCAUACAGAAUUCAAAAAUAAUGUCAAAUUAUCUGUAUUAAGUUCAUAAAUUCCAUUCACCUUCAUAAUGCCAAGAAAAUUUAUAAACGUCGCAAACUACUUUUGCUAUAUACGUAAAAUAUCAUGACAAUUGACAAAAACAUCUAUAACAAAAUUCUAAUUGAUAAAUAUAGAUUUUUAUUAAAACAAAAACUACGUGGGUGAAGUAAUUCUCGUGGUGUGCAAAAUCAACACGUGGGUGAAACAACGCAACUUGCGGUUGUCAUGGUAACAAGCUGUUAAUGCCUCGCUGUCUGCUGAUUGGCUAAAAUUACCCAAAUUUCCCAACUUUGAUUACAAAUAACAUCAGAUUUUUUAAUUUACGAGAUAAAAUAAUUGGUUGGUCGUAAUCAAAAUUCAGAAUUGCAUUGAUACACCAUAAUUUGAAGCAAAAUAAAAGGUGGCUCAUUUUGCGAACGAGAAAGACUAGAUCCAUGUUUUUGAAGUGAAAGUUCAGUAUGUUAGUGCUUGUUAAAGAAAAUAUCCGUUGUGGUACUAUUAAGCAGACAAUAGCUUCACUUGAGAAAAAUGAGUGCGAUUUUCGUCAUCAGUAUGCAAAGUUACAUUUUCUGAAGAUUUGAAUGACUUAUAGUGUUUGGUUGAAAUUUAACAUCAGAACCACUAGAAGCAGAUGCAAGAAACAACUACAACAUAUCGACUACGAUCGUUGAAGUUGGAUUCAUUAUCCGUGUUACAACUUGCGAACACCCAAAAGCGGUGUCUUGGGCAUUCAUGUGUUAUUUCGUCUGUUUAGCAUCCCAUUCUGCCAAUGCGCAUGAUCACCCGGAAGUUGACUUCGACGUUCACCCAUCAGAUGACAUCUUUAUAUUUAAAACAGAGUCUGAAAGCAUUGAUUUUCCUGAUGAGAUGCCGAAGGUGAUGGAAAAAACAUCAUACCAGUGUGGCAUAUGUGGUAAAUCAUAUUCUGAAAAAGGAACAUUGACUAAACACAAACGUAUUCAUACGGGAGAGAAACCAUACCACUGUAAUAUCUGUGGUAAAUCAUUUGCUAGAAGUAAUGACUUAACAAUACACAAACGUAUUCAUACUGGUGAGAAACCAUAUCACUGUGAUAUCUGUGGUAAAUCAUUUGCUCACAGUUCUCAUUUAAGUGUCCAUAAAUACAUUCAUACAGGAGGGCAGCCAUACCAUUGUGAUAUCUGUGGUAAAUCAUUCACUGCAAAGAGUAAAUUAACAGUACACAAACGCUUUCACACUGGGGAGAAGCCAUUUCAAUGUGAUAUUUGUGGUAAAUCAUUUUCUAUAAGGAGUCAUUUAACAACUCACAAAUAUAUUCAUACAGGAGUGAAACCAUAUCACUGUGAUAUCUGUGGUAAAUCUUUCUCUGCAAAUAGCCAAUUAACUAUACACAAACGCAUUCAUACAGGAGAAAAGCCGUAUCACUGUGAUAUCUGUGGCAAACCAUUGUCUGACCCCCGUAACUUAGCUAGUCACAAACGUAUUCAUACUGGAGAGAAACGAUAUCUCUGUGAUACUUGUGGUAAAUCAUUUUCUCACAGUGGACAAUUAACUGCUCACAAAUGCAUUCAUACCGGAGAAAAGCCAUAUCCCUGUGAAAUCUGUGGUAAAUCAUACUCUGUCAAAAGUGAAUUAAUAGUUCACAAACGCAUUCAUACAGGAGACAAACCUUAUUCCUGUGACAUCUGUGGCAAGUCAUUUCCUCGUAGAGACACGUUACCUAUCCACAAGCGCACUCAUACAGGUGAGAAGCCAUAUCACUGUGAUAUCUGUGGUAAAUCAUUCACAAUAUUAAGUAAUUUAACUAUCCACAAACGCAGUCAUACAGGGGAGAAGCCAUACUGUUGCGAUAUCUGUGGUAAAUCAUAUACUACAUCAAGUGGUUUAACUACACACAAACACAUUCACACAGGAGUGAAACCAUAUGCUUGUGAUAUCUGUGGUAAAUCAUUUACUGUUACAAGUACCUUAACUAAACAUAAACGUAUUCACACAGGAGAGAAACCAUAUCAUUGUGAUGUUUGUGGUAAAUCCUUCACUUCUACAAGUAGCUUAACGAAACACAAACGCAUUCACACACGAGAUAUGCCAUAGCACUGUAAUAUCUGUCGUUCAUCAUUUUCUCAGAAACGUCACUUAAUGGCACAUGUAUCUAUUCAUUCAGAAGAAUAACUGUGUCAGUGUAUGAAGAAAUACUGAACUUUAAAUGUAUUCACAGAGGAAGGUAGAACUAUCUUUCAAAACUAUAUUUUAUAUAACAACUAAUAUCUACAUUCAUUAGAUAACUUACCACUUUUGUUACAAAAAAAUACUUGAUACAUGUUGCUGCUGACAUUUUUCCUGCGGAAAGAUAAGGUACAGUUUAUUGGACAUUCUGGGCAAAUAACUAAGAAAUGUAUUCUCAUAAAUUGUGAUUGUUGAUGCCUCCUCCUAUGUUUACCAUUUGCUGCCUUCACCUCUAUCACCAUCUGUCGUUCCUUUUUCUCAUUCUUGCAUGCUGAACUAAACAUUCAUUAUACCAGUUCUCUUAUAUUCAUCUUCCUAUAGUUUGAGUGUUUGACCUGACAGUGCUUCCACCACCUGCUCUCUUUUCCAACUGGUGUAAUGAUGUAUCAGUCCUACAGCAAGACUCAUGUUCCUGUCAAUCUAUUAUACUUUAACCUCUGAACAGCUGCAUAAAGCUACCUCCUUCAAUACUGUAUCUUAGUCCGUUGAGGGCUUUUGUAAAUAUGUGAUGUCACUAAUGCUGGUACCAUGUGAAAAGGAACCCAGUACACUCUGUAAAAUGAUUGGUGCUAGAAAGGGCAUCCAACUGUAGAAACUAUGCCAGAGUUUGGCGCAGACCUCUCACUUGUCAAUUUAUUUCAACAUGGAAAAUUGCUGUUAAUUGAUGAUGAGUACUUCAGCAAAAUAACAGAUGUAAUGAGUAUUUAACAAAGGAUUGAAAUACAUGUAUCUGGAGAAAUUGUUGGAGGGGAAAACAUUAGAUGUUGAUGUAGGGAGGUUUGGCUGCUAUUCCUAACAACUUUAUCGAUGCCUGUGUCUUGCUGUUUGGUAUAUCUAUUAGGCAUGCAUCUCAGCAUGGUCACAGUCUAAUGACUGAAACAAGUAGAAGUUUAAAGUUUCAUGGAAGGGUGGUGAGGAAGGAACAAACUUUGAAAAACAAGGAUUUUUAAUCUUUUUUUUUUUUUAUCAGAACCAAGAUCUCCAUAAUUUGAAGCAUGUUAUUUUAAAAUACAUAAAAAUUGUGAGCAGGAGGUGAAAGUAAAAAUUUCAAAAUGCUUUGUUUUAUUUAUUGGUGUAUUUGGAAGUUUUACUGUUGAAAAUAAUAAUCAUAACUGCAAUUUCAGAAAAUAACAAAAGACGAAGACAGGUGGUGUAUAUAAUUCUUUAUUGUAGUAAAGUUAACUUACAGCUGGUAUGAUCAUUAUAGGUUUACUUAAUCAGCCUAUUGAUUGGUUGGGAACACCUGAACAGCCCAGAGUAUUAAUGUUACUUUUGUCAGAGUCAUCUCUGAUUAUAACCAAGCAGAACACAGAAGGAAUGGUACAAGCAUGGGGAUGAGGGGAGCAAAAAGAGGCAAUAAUUAUAAGGUAAGUGGAAGAGAUAAAGAGGAAAUGGGAAGAGAGGUGACGAUUUGGAAAACAAGAACUAAAGAGAAGAGAAGAAAAGAAAGAAAUAGAGGAUGGCUGAAAUUAAGAACAAGGACAGUCAUGAAAAAGUGUUUGAAAUUGAGUCAACACACAAAAUUAUUUACUUUGUCUUAAGGUUAAAUACUGUCCAGAUAUUGUGUUGAAAUUUGAUAUAGGCCCCUUACUCUCAUGGUCAACUUAAAUCUUUAAUAUAGGGUCACACUAGGUGUGAAUUGUAUUGGAAAAAAAUGAAUGAAAAAUCAGCAGUAAACUAUAUCACGAUCGAAAGGUAGAAAAAGCUCUAGUCAGAGUCCGUAUUAAAUAGAGAUGGAGAGGAAAAAUAGGAAUAGAAUAAAAUGAAAUAUAUUUUAAAAAUUAGGUAAAAUUGAAGGGCAAAUAUAAUUUCUAAUUAAGUUAUAAGAACGAGAAUUAAAACUUAAAAAAUUAAAAUACAUUAUUUAUAUAUAUGUGUGUGUGCCUGUGUUGCUCAAAUGUACAGAAAACAAAAGACAAAGACAGGCGAGUGAACAAAAAGCAGGUGUAUUAGCUUGCCGCUUGGGGAGAGUCGGAAAACCUUUGAUGUUUUGAUCCUAUACUCUUCAACAAAGGGAUGAAUGGGAAAAGUGUGUUGGGAUUAGCAUAUAUGUAUAUAUAAUAAUAAUUGUAAUCAACCUGGUAAUACAUGAAGGAGCCAUACCCAAUGACUGGUAUAGUAGCACCAUAGUCAACUGCUACAAAGGUAAAUGUGAUGCAUUAGAUAGGAAAAAUUAUCAUGGAGAGGGACAUAGCCCAACUAAUUAGGGAGAGAUUUAGUUCAAAUUGAGAUACAGUGUGGAUUUGUGCCAGGGAGAAGCACCACUGAUGCUAUAGUUCUGGUGAGAUAGCUGCAGGAGAAAUUCCUAGCCAAAGAUAGACCUCUGUACUUGGUUUUCGUUGACAUGGAGAAAGACUUUGACAGAGUCCUUCAAUCUGGUGGUCACUGCAGACACUAAGGAUAGAUGAGUGGAUGGUGAGAGCUGUACAAGCCAUGUACAGGGAUGCUGUCAGUAAGGUGAGAGUUGGCAACAAGUAUAGUGAAGAAUUCUCUGUAAAAGUAGGGGUUCGCCAAGGAUCAGUACUGCAUUAGCACACUUCGAUCUACACAUAAUUUUUCUUUUUUUUUACUCCAGCCGCAGCUUGAAAUUUUUUUUUUUUUUUGGCGGUUCAACAAGUUUGUCUGUUGUCGGCAUACUUAACAUUUCACAUUUUUUUUUUCCUCCACAG